AUGGUGAAAGGCCUGGUUCCUGCGGGUGCAAUCGUUGUUGAUGUUCUUAGCAUAGAUAACUAUGAGCAUUGGAGUGCGUUGGUUAAAAAUUACUUGCUGGCUCAAGACCUUUGGGACGUAGUGGAGGCUACAGCUGAACCUCUUGUACCAGAAGAAGCUGAUCAGUUCGCUUGGAGGAAGAAGACUGCCGCGGCGUUACAUGCGAUCCAAAUUUCUUGUGGGCCGGAUGCGUUUUUCUUUAUUAAGGAGAUCAUUUCAGCCAAUGAUGCUUGGGAUAUUUUGGCCAAAACGUUCAAGACACAACGGAGAUCUGUUGAGUCUGCAAACUCAUCAAACAACCCAGAUGAGAACAAUGAGCUCCGUCCUUUCUUUGCUGCUGUUAAGAUCGAUGAUUGGGAAGAAACGAAAAAGAUUCUUAGAGAAAAACCCAAUGCAAUAAGAGCAAGAUCUUCAACAGGAGAGACAGCUCUUCACAUUGCAACCAAGUUGGGACAUGAGCAUAUGGUGGAAAAGUUGGUUGGACAUGAGGAUAUGACAGCUAAAGACUUGGAAAUACAAUAUUUUGGUUGGACAGCUCUUCAUUUUGCUGCAAGAUUAAGUCUCAAAAUGGUUAAAUGCAUGGUUGGAGAGAACAGGAAUCUACUACUACUUGGCAAGGUAGAACAGUCCCACGGUCUGACGCCAAUUCUCUUCGCUGCUAAGAAUGACUUAUGGGAUAUCGUUCAUUAUCUGUAUCCCCUCACUCCGAUCGAAGACCUAAUGCCAAAGAAUGGCCCUUAUGGCGCUGGACUUGUUUGCUUUUGUUUCUAUGCCAAACAAUUUGAUAUUGCCUGGCACUUACUUCACCGCUGCCCACAAUUGGCCAUUACUAAAGGUCCGACGGGCGAAUCCCCUAUAUUUGUAUUGGCAGAUAUCCCUUCGGUAUUCCUGAGUGGGACGCCGCUCAAAUUCUGGCAACAGUGGAUCUAUGACUGUAUACACAUACCUGAUGAAAGUGAAAAUGUUCAAAAUCCAGAAAAUGAACUGGGUAACCGAAGAAAUAUCAGUUUCUCAGGUAUACACAUACAACCUCCUGCAAUCCCUGAUGUUAGUGAAAAUGUUCAAAAUCCAGAAAAUGAACUGGGUAACCAAAGUAAUAUCAGUUUCUCAGGUUUAUUGCAGGGGAUUCCUUCUACCCUCCACAACCUUUUAGGGAUCAACCACAUACGUGAAAUGAAAUGGAUCCAUCAUCGCUGGCAAUCUAUUUUGAAAUACAUGUUAAGAGAAGUAGAACGUGUAGAUAUCAAAGAAAGGGAAGAUGGCCUUGUUUAUGAAGCAGUAUUCCAAGCUGUCCGAAGAGGGAUUACUGAGUUCGUUAUUCGUUUAUGUAAAGUAGAUCCAGAUGUAUUGUGGCGAAGCAAUUUAAUGGGAAGGAACAUAUUUCACUAUUCAAUUGAGUGUCGCCAGGAAAAAGUUUAUAGCCUUAUAUAUGGGGUUGGUCAAAGAAAUCUAAUUACAACAUUUUCAGACGCUUUUGGAAAUGAUAUGCUACAUCUUGCAGGGAUGCUAUCUCCAACGGAAAAACUUGAUUGUAUUUCAGGUGCAGCCUUGCAAAUGCAGAGAGAAAGACAAUGGUUCAAGGAGGUUAAGAGUAUUGUAGUUUUACCCUCGGGAGUGGGAGCUUUCAAUAAAGAGGGUAAGGGGCCCCAUGAACUAUUUACCCAGAACCACAAGACAUUGAAGGAAGAAGGAGAAAAGUGGAUGAAAGAUACAGCAACUUCUUGUACAGUUGUAGGUGCUCUCACUAUUACCAUCAUGUUUGCUGCAGCCUUCACAGUUCCUGGUGGAAACGACGGAGAAGGCUUUCCCAUAUUCUUACAUAAAAAGAUGUUUAUGGUUUUCAUAGUUUCAGAUGCUAUAUCUCUCUUUUCUUCCGUAACUUCAGUGCUAAUGUUUUUGGGAAUCCUUACAUCACGUUAUGCGGAAGAUGAUUUCCUCAAAUCCUUACCCACAAAGAUGAUAAUAGGCCUUUCAACGCUCUUGACCUCCAUCGCUACCAUGAUGGUUGCCUUUUGUUCUGGCCUUUUCCUUAUGCUUCAUGACAGAUUACAGAUUGUUAUCCCAAUCAUUUUCCUCGCCAUCAUUCCAGUUGCCUUAUUUAUUGGGAUGCAAUUUCGCCUUCUCAAAGAGAUUUUCAUUUCUACAUAUGGAGGAGGAAUAUUUGACAAGAAAGUGAAACGGUGGAUGUAAAUUCCUGAUGGUGAAUGAAAUAAAUUUUUUAUUUUUUAUUUAGAAAUGAAAUAAUUGUAUAUUACUUUCGUAAUGUUGUCAUCACUUCUAAGAAGCUUGUUUGUAUUCACUAUGUAAGUGUUUUGGGGUACUGUAAUGAAAACCUGAGAUUUUAAUUGUUC